AUGUAUUCAGGAAUUCGCCAGACACUGGUUACUCUGCGAGAACGAUUUUGGGUAUUACGCGGUCGAGAAGCCGUUAAAAGAAAUUUGAGGAAGUGCAUCAUUUGUCAAAAGCAUGAAGGAAUCGCAUUCAAACCUCCAUCUGCGCCCGAUUUGCCAACGGAAAGAGUAUCAAUGGAACCGCCCGUUACAUUUACCGGCUUAGAUUUCGCGGGACCUUUAUAUGUUCUUAGCGAGAAAGAGAACGUCUCAACGCAAUGCCAAGAAACUAACAAAGUAUUCGUUUGUUUGUUUACAUGUGCGUCAACCCGGGCAGUCCACUUGGAGCUGACACAGGGUCUAAGUGUUCAAUCAUUUCUGAUGGCAUUUCGCCGUUUUGCUAGUCGUCGAGGAGUGCCGUCUAUGCUUAUAUCGGACAAUGCUAAAACAUUCCGAUCAGCGUCGAAAGAAAUACAAACAUCACGUUCACAGGAUGUGUUGAGUCGUCUUGCCAAUAACCGCAUUACUUGGACAUUCAUCGUGGAAAGGGCCCUAUGGUGGGGAGGUUUCUGGGAGAGAUUGAUAAAGAUAAUAAAGCGAUGUCUAAAAAAGAUUGUUGGUCGAUCAACGCUGACUUUGGAAGAACUAAAUACCGUUCUUAUCGAAAUCGAAGCUGUAAUAAACGCUCGUCCAAUUACGUACGUCUAUGACGACGAAGAAUCUUUAUCUUAUCGACUGACACCAUCUCAAUUGAUUAACGGUCGACAAAUUACCCCGAUGCCAAACAGUAAACAUUACGAGAUUAUGAGUACCAGUAACGUCCUGACAAAAAGAGCAAAGCACCAAAGAAAGGUCCUUCAGCAAUUUACCGAUCAAUGGAAAAAAAGAGUAUUUGCUUAG